GGCGGCGGAGCAUGUGUGUGCCGCUGAGGCUGCCGCUCGCCCGGGACGCGGAGAGUGCAUGCCUCUCCCGGGCCAGACGGUGAAGCCGGAGAGGACGUGGAGGCAGCGGCGGAGGGGAAGAGCGGCGGGAGACAGGCUGGGCAUCCCUCUCGGGGGCUGGAGGGCCCCGGCUUGGCGGGGGUUAUGGCAUCGCUUGCGGACCGAAUGCGAGGCAACGGGCGCAUCGCCGCUGGGCUUCUGCUCAACCUACUGGUGUCCAUCUGCAUCGUGUUCCUCAACAAAUGGAUCUAUGUGCACCACGGCUUCCCUAACAUGAGCCUGACCCUGGUGCACUUCGUGGUCACCUGGCUGGGCUUGUACAUCUGCCAGAAGCUGGACAUCUUUGCCCCCAAAAGUCUACCGCCUUCCAAACUCCUCCUCCUGGCCCUCAGCUUCUGCGGCUUCGUAGUCUUCACCAAUCUCUCUCUGCAGAACAACACCAUAGGCACCUAUCAGCUGGCCAAGGCUAUGACCACGCCGGUCAUCAUAGUCAUCCAGACCCUCUGCUACAAGAAAACCUUCUCUACCAAAAUACAGCUCACGCUGAUUCCUAUAACUUUAGGUGUAAUCCUAAAUUCUUAUUACGAUGUGAAGUUUAAUUUCCUUGGAAUGGUGUUUGCCGCUCUUGGUGUUUUAGUUACAUCCCUUUAUCAAGUGUGGGUAGGAGCCAAACAGCAUGAAUUGCAAGUGAACUCGAUGCAGCUGUUGUACUACCAGGCCCCAAUGUCCUCCGCCAUGUUGCUGGUCGCCGUGCCCAUCUUUGAGCCAGUGUUUGGAGAAGGAGGAAUAUUUGGCCCCUGGUCAGUGUCCGCAUUGCUUAUGGUGCUGCUCUCUGGAGGAAUAGCUUUCAUGGUGAACUUAUCGAUUUAUUGGAUCAUUGGGAACACGUCACCAGUCACGUAUCCUUUUCCUAGUAACUCACAAAUGCAUAGUCUUUUACAUUUUCCCAAACUCUGUCAAUUCAUUUCCUUCUGGAGUCUUGCGCUUACAAUUACGUGGCCUACAUUGAGUAGCUAGACUUGUUUUCAGUCUUUUCCUGUAUCUUUCCACACUAGACUCUAUGGAAACUUACAGAAAGGUGAGCCAGGGAAAUGGGUUAGUUUUCUGUCUCACGAAGACUUUUUUAUUUUCUUAUGCGGUAAGUGACCUUUUUCCCUUAUCAAAAUCAACAUAGAACACCAAGCCUGGUACAUAGUUGAAUUAAAUAAGUACUUGUUGAGUGGAUAACGGAGUGGACGCCACGGUUUUUAGUCAUUUUGCAGUCCCUAUAGUAAUAAAGUACCGGUACAGCCAGUCCAAAAACAAAGGGUAACUUCGGACCAUUGACAUCUGACUUUUGAACAUGUUUCUGUGCGUAUUUGGGUACGGGUGCGUCUGUAUUUCUCAGUAUUACUUCCAAUCAGGAAAUGAAAUCAGGCCUUAGAGGUCUGAAUCAUUUUUAACAUUUUGCUUGUCAUUCUGUUUCUCUUCUCGUUUCACUCCAUCUCUACUCUUAAGCAAAGGCAAAGAAGGAUUUCCCCAAAUCAGAGAGGUAGUUUAGAAACAUUGAAUCCAAGUGUGCUGAUUUAUUUAAAUGAGUGAGCACUGAGAUGUCAGCAAAGUAAAAAAGCAGCCUGUUUGCCAACUAUCAAUAAAUAUCAACAACAGUUAUAAUAAAAGUAAUUUUUCUAAAAAAACCCCAACACUUAAUAAAUGUUUAUUUUGCACCAGGCACGUUGGAAAGAAACACUUCGGGUAUAUUAGGCAUCAGACUCUCAAAGCAGCUCCGUGAGGUAAAUUCUAUCACUGUAUUUUGCAGAGCAGGAAGCAGAGGUGCAGAGAGGUUAAGUAACACGCUUACGGUCCUAUAGCUGAGAAGUGUGGUGUCCAGAUUUGAACCCACACGUUCUAGUCCCAGACCUUUUACACCACGCUGCCGAAUCAAGGCAUCCAGUGAUGUGCCCUGAUUAAGAACAUUCGUUCAACAAAUAUUCAUUGAACCCCCACUAUAAACCAUGCAUUGACUUAAUAGGUGCUUACAUGAUGAGUAUCUACCAUAUGUUGGGCCCUGGAGAUACAGUAGUGAGCAAAAAUGCUUGCUCUCCCAGGUUUCAAUUCUGGUGAGGGAGACUAUAAACAAGAAAAAAAUUGAAGUAUACAUAUACAGUGUGAGGUAGUGUGAAGUGCCAAGGAGAAAAAGGAAAGCAGGAAAGAGGACCUGAAAUGUUGGCGGCUGGGUUGAAACUUUAGAGGGGGCAGUCAGGAAGGCUACUUUUGCGUGAAGACCUGGUGGAAAAGAAGUCGCCCCAUGCAGAUUGGGAUGAAGAGCGUUCCCUGCAGAGGGAGCAGCGGGGAGGCCCUGAUGAGCACCCAGGAGGCCUCAUGGUCGCAGCAGGGAGAUGACAGGUGGAGAAUAGUAAGGCUCUGAGCGGAACAGGGCGCCGGGCUGAGCAGAGCUUGUACCUGAGUGAGAUGGGAAGCCGUUGGCACUUGGGGCGGGGAAAUGACGUGGUUUUACCUAUGUCCUAAUGGGAUCACUCUGGGCUACUGAGUUGAGAGUAGACUGAAGCAGAGUGUUUCAGCCUCAGUGCUGUUGACCUUGUGGGUUGGACAGUUCUCGUUUGCAGAGGCCUGUCCUGUGCACCGUAGGAUGUUUAACAGCAUCCUGGCUUCUACCCACUAGAUGCCAGUAGCGCCCCUUUUUCCCAGUUACGACGGCCAGAAAGGUGUCCAGACGUUUUUGGUGACAAAAUCAGCCCGGUUGAGAAGCACUGCACUACAAGAGGCAAGAGAAGAAGGGACCCUGGAGAAAGGAUGGUGGUUUGGUACCAGGAUUGGAGCCUGGAAACAGGUGGCACGUGAAGGAUCGGAACCUAUCCACUGACAGAUGUAGAUUUCAAGGUGCAGUUAUUGGACCCAGUGACCUUGUGGCUUCACGGAGGCUCUGGAUGGCAGUACAGGUAGGACGAGAAGGUGUAGGACCACAGUCUUUGUCCAAGACGCGUGCCUGGAUCCAGAAAGGAUGUAAGCAAGCACCACAUGAGAAGGAGAACGGCUCAGGGGCAGGGAAUUGAUGAAGCUGUUGGCGGAACUUCGUAGGAAAGUUAAAAGAAUAAAAAAAUAAAUGUGAUUAAUAAAUAAAUAUGGGUUGCCACUAAGCAUAAAGGGCGUGAGCAAGGGAGAUGUUUUGGGCCACUUCUUUGGCCCCAGUUUCUAUCUUUUAAGUUUAUUUUUUAAGUAAUCUCUACACUCAGUGUGGGGCUCAAACUCAAGACCCU